AUGCGUUUUUGCAAUGCCUUGAGAUUGUUACCUUUCAUUGCCCUUGCUUUAAGUCUUCUGGUCGUCACCAAUGCCAACAACCGCCACUGCCUGCCUACUCAGGUUUCUACUUGGACUACUUGCACCGAUAAUAACGGAAACACGGAUUACUUCUUGCCAUUUAUCACGCAAAUUCAACCGCCUGCCCCACGACCGUCGCUGGCUCCGGGCCAAUGCCCACCAGACGAUGGAAAGAUCCGCACAGUUGAUGGUGUCACUUACCUUGUCCUAUGCAAACAGGCAUACUCGACCGGUGACCAUAGUGACACGUCCAAUAUGACUGAGCAUAGUUGCAUGAAGAGUUGUUCGGCCCUAGCAAAUUGCCAGGGUGCAAACUUCAACAUGAGAAACCAUGAAUGCGAGCGCCACUUUACCUGGGAAGGUCAACCCUCCUACACAGUAUCCGACAAGGGGGAUUGGAUUGCGUAUCGUCCUAUCUUGAAGUGUUGA